GGGUGGAGCUUUGGCGGCUGCGUGUCUUCUUUACCCGGCCGAUCGACCCGCCUAGCGCGACCGGUUCAGAGCUGACCACCACGACCCGUCGCAAUCCAGCGCCGCCCAUCUUCACCGCGCCGGCAACAAAGAACUAGAGCAUACGGAUGACAGUGAGCAGAGCGAGUUAGAAAGUGGCAGCGAUCACACCACUGUAUAUAUGGGCCGCACUCAAAAUCUAGUUCCACCUCACACUGAGGUCUACAGCACACAGUCACCGUGCCAUUCCAUCUCGAGCAGAGCACGAGACGCGCCAUCUCCAAGUUGCCGGCACCGGCGAUCUAAUGGCUAGCCUCGUGUCCCGGCCGCGACGGAGCGUGCAGAUGUACUGGGCGAGGAGGAGCUACCAGCGCCUUGGCGGCUCGCCGUCGCGGCACCUCAAGGUGGCCCGCCUCGGCGGCAGGGCCAGGCGCAGGACGCGGGCACCAGGCGCCGUGCGGCGGAUGGCCGCGCUGCUGCUGUCGCCGGUGCGCCUACUCGUGAGGCUGCGGGACGCGUACGUCGACGCGAUGCUAGCGCUGGCCGCCGGGGGCGCCGCGCGGCCGUGCGCAGCGCUGGCGACGGCGAAGCCGGGGGAGCAAGGCUCGCUAUGGGCGAAGCGGGUGCCCCGGGCGAGGUCAACCGGCGGGCGGAGCAGCGACUUCGAGCGGCGGAUGAUGGCGCACAUCUACAGCACGCUCGCCACGCCGGAGCUGCCCGGCGCCGCGGCCUGAACCUUAGACGCGCGGCUCGUGGGCAACAGUAAUUUCAGUAUGUCGGCGUCCGCGACGGACAGCAAGUGUCAUCUGUGUGUGUGUGUGUGUUUUAACAAUUUGCGGGGUGUUACAAGAAUACAAGUACUAGUGCACAUUAAUAUCGCUAAUACAGUACGAGGAUGUUAAUAUGCU